GUUCAUUAAUUCUCGCGUAUUAUGCGGUCGGUGAUGGGAUUCGAUCCGUAUAAGAAAUUCACCGUCGUUACAUUUUUCAGCAUUCUGCCUGUUGCGUGGCGAGCCGGUAACAGAGAGGGACGAUUACACUAGCCGGGAGCCGGAUAUAAAAAGAAUUCACUGCUCAGCAUUGAAUUCAAAGUCGUUAUUGCUCGUCUGAUUCGCAUGGACUUUUGUCAGCGUCGAAUUUGAAUCGUCGGUAAUCCAAGAAUCAUGAUGCGCUUUAUUUUCAUCGCAAUUCUCUGCCUUUCACUGGGACUCCUGCAACAUCGGACAAACGCGCAUGACGACGCAUAUUGCCUGUUGCGUGGCGAGCCGGUACCAAAGAGGGACGAUUACACGUACUUUCCCGGUGUCGGUGGCUACAAGCUUAAUCGCGAGAAAAAGACGUGGUUCGAUGCCCGCGUGGCCUGCGAAGAAGACGGCGGCCAUCUCGCCGUCAUCAACAGUCCCGACGAGGCCCAUUCCAUAGUCGUCUUGUUCAAGCAAGCGGAGGAGAUCCACGGCUUCCUGGACGUCGCCUUCUGCGGUUUUCACGACCUUUUCCGGGAGGGCGAGUUUCUCACCAUUCACGGACAGUCGCUUGAACGGGCUGGCUUUGACAUCUGGCACGAAUCUCAACCCAACGACAUCGACAACUCCCAAAAUUGCGGGGGAGUUCACUACGGUGGUACAUUCAAUGAUCUCCGCUGCGACGAUCUGUACGAAUUUAUAUGCGAACUCCCCGACGUUGAUGAAAAUGAUGCGUAAUCUUAUAACCGCGUCGUAUUGAUCUCGUGAAAAUAAUGAUAAUGCGACUCGAAUACGAUACUUUACUCACGCGUCGAACAUCGGGCCUCAAAAAGCAAAGCGAAAAGUCUAAUAUAAUUCACGGUUCACACGGUGAAACCUGUUUAUCAUUCACAAUUUACCCGAACUUGUUAUCUUCGAUAUUAAAUCCAUAAUUUGACGAAACUUAUGUUUUGUGAUUGUUAAAUUUACACCUCUUCGUUUAUCCCGAAAUUCGACCAGCCGAUUUCUAUUCAGCGUAUUAAAUAUUCCAUCCAAUUGUUUUCUGAAAUCAAUUAUGAUAUGGUGGUCGGUAAAAGAUCCUGUUUGUCGAAAUCUCUGCGAUAAAAUCUUCAGGAUAAAAUUCCCCCAUGUAGGCGUAUAAUAAUAUUCGGACAGGGAAUAAUUGAAUAAAUAGAUAAAUGGA